UCAUGAUUGUCUAUAUCUUUUUUAUAGUAAUCACUUUUGAAUUGUGUUCAGAUAUGCAGUUUCAGGUGUAAUCAUCAGAGCUGGUUAGUCAGGCAUUCCAGAUAGUGGUUCUUUUCAGAACCUUUUUUAAAGGGUUGGUUAACUACCUCAGUAGCAGAGGAUUGAACUAUACCCUGUCUGUACUGUACAUAGAAAAUCUUUGUAGAUAAAAGCAAGGCUUGUUAAAUGAUAUGAGGGUAAGAUUUUAAUAUACCAAAUGUAACAUUCUUAGUUGCCUUUAGUUUCAGAGGCUUGUAAGACUUCCUCAUGACCAUCAUAACAGGCCUUGCUUUUGUCGUAUUUUGUGGCUGAAAAAGCAGCCUUGCUUCUUCAGAUAUUGUAGUUAUUUGGAUGUAUAAUAGUUUAGCAAGAUGUUACUUUUGUAAGACAUCAGAUGUUCAAAAAAAGUGCAUCCGAACUUGUACUAAAUACUGCAGUGUCCCUUUAUAAAAAGUCAGACUAAAACUGACAGUUGUACAGCGAAGCCUGACAUUUGGAUAUUUUGAAGUUUUUUCAUAAAUCAUAGAAAUUAGUAUACGGCUGUAGUUUAGCUUUUUAGGUAAAAGGUAUGUUUCAUUAGUGCAUUUCUUAUUGCUGAUCACUGCAAAAACGUGAAUCAGCUUUUCCAUUUCUUAUGCAGGUCAUGAUAACUUGUAGAAUAGAGUACAAUCAUUUGUGCUAUGUUUUUAAUUUUCUAAAGCACCUUGAUGACAGUGAGUGUUCAGUGGUGAAGCAUCCUCUAUUGAAUCACCCUCAAAAAAAUUUUUGCCAAGUCCUAAAUUGAUAGCUUAAAGUCAGAAGUGAAAUUAUAGUUUAAUUGAGACUUGGUAUAAAGAAAUCCCUUUUCCCCUUCCCCAAAGGGAUACUGCAGUUAUAUCACAUACCCAAUAGGCACCAUGAUGAAGAUCAGAGCUUAUACUUAAUUAAGGUUUUAUACACACCAGUUUCCCCAGUAAAUGCAAAUUUAACAAGAAAAUUAGACAUGUCAUAUGUUCAAACUGCUCAUGGCAAACAAUCAUUUUGCAUUCCUGCAAAUAAAAUUGUUUUAUACUGUAAGCUGGAGGCGAGUGUAACUUAUUUUUGUAAUAAAGUUUUUAUUUUUUUUAUGUGUCAUUAAUAUAAAUGUGUGUUAGUAUAGAAAUAUUCUGGUUUAAAAACUUAGAAAUGCACACAUUUCAGUAUGUUUAUUUGUACUUACAUAAUUUUAGAUAGUGGUUGCCAAUAGCCUGUAUGUUUCACAUUAAUUGGUUUUUUUUAUGUUAUCUUAAUAAACCAUUUUAGUAUGUUGUAUGUCAGUUACUGGGAUAGCUGGGACAUAGAGUGUAAUUUAAAAUUUGUCAAUAAGUAUUCAUUGGAAUAUAUGUAAAUGUGCCUUGCCGGUUAUUGAAACAUUACCUACAAAAUGAGUAUGGGGUGACAAAAAUUAGUUCCUGGUGCUUAAUGAAACUUUUUGCCACUGAUUUUAUAUAUUACCCCGUGCUUUUUUAAAGUACAUCUCUCAAAUCUUAGUGUAAGUUUGAGGGCUACACAGAACAUUUACAUUUCAUUCUAACAUACAAUGAGUAUAAUAGGUUGUGGAAAGUGGGUAAACUAAAUGUAGCCUUCAGUAAAAUUGAAUCUCAGUGUAAUCCUUGGUGCUGGCAUUUCCCAGUUCCAAGGAGUUAAAUGAUCCCAUCAAAGAGGUCAUUGCCAUGCCUAUUGGCACUUUACUGUCAUACCCUUUUUAAGGGACACUGUCAAGGUGUUUAAGUUAAUUCUCAGAAUUAUUUGUUGGGAUUUUAGAACAGGUUUGUUUGACUUAAGUAAGAACUGCAUUGUCAAAGUUGAAAGAUGAACAUUUUUGUGAGUUCACAAAUGUGUUCUUAAGAAAACAUUAAAAUGUGGAGCUGUGGGUUUCCAAGACUAUUUGGCAUUCUUAGUUUGGGGAUUUGGGAGGGAAAACUGAUAUUAAAAAAUUGUGAAGAAUUGAUGGGUAAUGUAAACAGUGGUGAUGAAAUAUAUACACACUCAAGUGAAAUUACUUGACAGUGUUCAUUUGACUAACUGAAUUUAAGCCAUUAUAAUUAAUUUUAAAAUUAAAUAAUCAUUUGCACUGUUCUGAUAAUGGGUGCAGUUUUUGAGCAAUAUAAUCAGAGCUAAAUAUGCAUGUAGUGAUUAGUGAUGUGAACAAUUAAGUACUGAGAAGAAAUACUAACUGGUAUUUUCAAACUUAAAUUUCUGUAGUAAAAUCAGUAUCAAACUCUUAUCAGAUCAAGGAAAACAGGCAAUGCAUAUAAACAUACUUUUGAAUGUUGUGUGGCCUAUAAAGCAAUAAUGCAAUUUUUAUGGAAUGUCAUGGGAUAUGAGAAAUGGAAAUGCAAAAAUAACGAAUCCUUUAGUAAAAAUGUCAACAUGUUAAAAAGGGGAAUGUUAACUAAUGUAGGUUAUUGCUAUUUGUGAUUUGUUUAUGGGUUCUUGGCUUUGACAGCUUCAAAGAAUGGACAGAUGACAAGUUAAAGAAAUUCUGUAUAUAUUGUCAAGGAAUGGGUCUUAAAUCAAAGAGUCACGUCCCUUCCUUGGGGUGAAAAAUGUAUCCUUAAAGCAUUCUGAUUGUUAAAAAAGAAAACUUGAGUUACCUAACCAAAGCAGACGCAAGAUUUUGUUUCUGCAGACUACUUGGCAAUCAAAAGUGAUCAUCACUUUAAUCAGUUUUUAGAAAGUUGCUUUGUGAGAAAAUUGUGUUAGAUAUAUUUUCCCAAACAUGCAUUUUGUGGAAGGUUUUCCAGCAUUGUGACUGAAUCAGAUGUUAGAAAUGGGGGGGGUGGAUUUAGCACAAAAAGAGCGGUUGCACACUCAUGAUGGCCAUUGUUGUAGCAUCAUGAGAAAUUUAUCUACCAAUUACUGCAAGUCUGAUUUAAGAAAAUACACUUACUCAUGAUAAACUAGGAACAACAUAGGAAUGGAUUGGUGGGGUGACCUCGGGUAUUCACUUGUAUAUAGCUAUUUGAAAAGACUUGUAUGAGGGUGAAUAUCAUCAUGCUAGAUGGGCAAAAUUGUCACAUUCAGGACAGCUUUUUUUUGAUCGUUAAGCCAAAAGUCACUGUUGAUCAGAAACAUAGCAAAAAAAACAAAAAAACAAAAAAAACCAGUAUGACAUAGUCUAUUUAAGGGGAGAAGUUAAAAAGUAGAAGGACUUCGUGCAUUUAGGUGAGGGAGCUAUCCCCCUAGAGUAAAUGAUUCCUCAGGUUCCUAAAACUUCCAAGAAUACCCACCAUGGUUUGUUUUCUCCCCAGUGAUGUACACUGUAAAAUUUUUAUCUGACCGUAGGAAUUCAGUGGUGGGUAUAAAAUGAAUGAAUAAAGAAGUAACAGUACAUAAAAUGAACAGACUUGUGGGGAUGGUGUUUUAAAGUGUAGUAUUAAUUACGCA